CCCGAUUUCCAGGGGGGGGUCUCGAUUCGUCAUGACACCGGCAGUGAAUGUGGCAAAAGAAGCCGUUGACGUCAUCACGCGUCAUAAGCGCGCGCGGUGAUCCGGAAACACUCAAGCGUCUGUUCGUCGGUGCCUCGGGUGUCAAACACAAGCAUCAUGGCUCUUCAUCGGCUCUUCCAGCUGUCGUCUCUGUUGGGUUCGGCCGUGCGCGUGACGCUGCGCAGGAACAUCGGUCUGUCCGCUGUGCUCUUCAACAAAGCCAAAGACCUGGACCCCGUACAGAAGCUCUUCCUGGACAAGAUCCGCGAGUACAACUCCAAGAGCAAGGCCGUCGCGGGCGGUGUGGUGGACGCUGGUCCGGCCUAUCAGAAGAACCUGUCGGAGGAGAUGACCAAACUACAGCGCUUGUACGGCGGAGGAGAUCUGACCAAAUUCCCUCAGUUCAACUUCCCAGAACCCAAACUGGAGGAGGUGACGACUAAAUGAACGACGUCUGUCCAUCGCUGUCCGUGUGCUGAAAAUAUUUAAUAAACAAACUUUGGUUCAAAACUCA